CUAAGAAAAAACAAAGUAGACAUAUCUGCGUAUUAUUUUACUGUCACCAAAAUUUUUUUGAAUGUCACGCUACAAAUUUUCUGUGAAUAUUACAUAAAAAAAUAACUACAAAUGAGGCCCAUUAAAAUUGGAAUUAUAGGUGGAUCUGGAUUAGACGAUCCCAACAUUUUAAAAAAUCGACAAGAAAAAAAAGUAACUACGAUUUAUGGGGAACCAUCUGAUGUUAUGAUAGUGGGGGACAUUGAAGGAGUGCCUUGCGUUUUGUUGGCUAGGCAUGGCAGAAAACACGAUAAGAUGCCUGGUAAUGUUAACUAUAGAGCAAACAUAUGGGCUUUGAAAGAAGAAGGUUGCACCCAUAUAAUUGCAACGAAUGCCUGUGGUUCCUUGCAAGAAGACUUUCCCCCAGGAACCUUGAGUGUUGCAGAUGGCUUCAUUGAUCGAACCACAAAUAGGAAGCAGACUUUCUACGAUGGCGAACCGGGUCAUCCACCAGGUGUCUGUCAUUUACCCAUGGAACCAGCCUUUCAUCCUUUGGUGCGACAAAUCAUUUUAGAAGCCGCUUGUGCAGCAGGAAUCAAAAUUCGAAACACUGGAUGCAUCGUGGCGAUUGAAGGACCCAGAUAUUCUAGUAAAAUGGAAAGUCUUAUGUACCAGACUCUCGGAGCCCAUUUGGUAGGUAUGACGACUGUUCCAGAAGCGGUGCUUGCAAAAGAACUGGGAAUCAUGUAUGCGGUAAUUGCUAUGGCAACGGAUUGGGAUUGUUGGAGAGCUACUGGUGAGAAAGUAUCUCACAAAUCUGUGCUAAAAGUUUUUCAAAAAAAUGUUCAGACUGUUCUUGGUUUGUUAAAAGUUCUAAUUCCGAGAAUGGGUAUGGAGAAUUGGGAUGAAUCAAUUGCAGAAAUGGAACAGCUAGCUAAAGACAGUGUUAUAUUACCCACUCAUUAGAAAUCAAGCUUCUCUCUAUCCACGCCACAAUCCACGCGGUGUCUAUAUCAUUAUAGAUAUCUAUAACAUUUGUAGUUAUUUAAAAACCUUAUAAAUACUAAAAUAAAGUUAUUACGUACCUAAGUUAAA